AGCUUCACUCGGCGUGAUGAAGAAGACGACCUGUAAAAAGAGGCGUCUUCAAAAACCAGAGCCAGAUGGCGAUUCUCACUCGAAUGGACCUCGAGCAAAAUCAAUCAGAACUGUUAAUGGCUUCGAUUGCUCAACCAAUGAACCGUAUCCGGCUUAUUCUUCGCCCACUUCUGACGAAUGUUUGUCCGUACGAGACGAUCUGUUGAAUCUCCAUGGUUUUCCCCGAGAGUUUGUGAUAUAUCGGAAGGAGAGAGAGAGGUUGAGCGAGUGCUGCUCCGUCGUGGACGGCAGCGGUGGUGAGUUAGCGGAAAAUGUGAAAUCGGAGAGCGUUCUGGAUGGGUUAGUGAGGACAGUGUUAUCGCAAAACACUACGGAGGCUAAUUCUGAGAAGGCUUUUGCUUCUCUCAAGUCUGCUUUUGCUACCUGGGAAGAUGUUCUUUCAGCUGAAUCCAAAUGCAUAGAGGAUGCCAUAAGAUGUGGAGGAUUAGCACCCACAAAAGCCUCUUGCAUUAAAAACAUAUUGAGUUCUUUGUCAAAGAGAAGAGGCAAAUUAUGCCUGGAGUACUUGCACAAUUUAUCCAUCGAUGAAGUAAAGGCUGAACUGUCCACCUUCAAAGGAAUUGGUCCCAAAACGGUAGCCUGUGUAUUGAUGUUCAAUCUUCAGAAAGACGACUUUCCAGUAGACACCCAUGUCUUCGAGAUUGCGAAAUUCAUCGGUUGGGUCCCUGAUGAGGCGGACAGGAACAAAACAUAUCUUCAUCUCAACCAAAGGAUCCCAAAUCAUCUCAAAUUUGAUCUCAACUGUCUUCUUUACACUCAUGGCAAGCUCUGUUCGAAAUGUUCGAAGAGAACAGGCGGCGGCCGACAGCGAAAGGUAUCCGAAAAUCAGUCUUGUCCCUUGUUGAAGUACUCCAAGAACCUUUAAAUUUGUAAUGUAAAUGUUUUCACAAGUGUAUAUGUUUGAAAAGCUUCUAAUCCUUUUUAUCAUCCCAUUUGCCCCCACAAAGUAGAAAAUGACAUGCUACAAUGCCUGCAUUUUGGGAUGCUUUUUCUGCUAGUAAAUUGAUUUGACUAUGUUGGGUGAUA